GAUUCAAGAUGGCGUCCUCGAGUGAACAAAGUCGAGUAAGGGAAUUAUUUGAUUCAAUGACUUUGGGAGUAGUUCGAUCGCUUGAAAAGAAGCCAGGUGUAACAGAUGUCCGUCUACUUGAUAGACAACCAGCGGAAAAACACAUUAUCUUUACUUGGGAGCAGAAGAACAUGUGUAUCUUGCCAGAGGACUUGAAGAGUUUUUUCCUCACAACAAAUGGACUGUUAAUUCAGUGGAACAUCAAGUUUGAUGGGAGUGUUUUACCACUGGGAAAAAUGGAGCUGAAUCCUGUUACAGGUCUAGUGUUGCUGUCUAAAGCAACAUCUGUUAGUGACGACAAACCCUCAUUGGCUGAUUUAGAUACUGAUUCAGAUGAAGAAGAUGGCCAAGGUCAUAUAAAACCACACUUUGAUAAUCGCUGCAAGGUUUUUGAGCUAGAUCCAUGUGACAGCUAUGGUAAAGUCUGUUUGGUUUACAAAGCCUCUCUGGCAAUAUCUUUUUACUGCAACAGGUCUAAGUCCAGAAACAAAGCAAUGCUUUGAUGUCUUUGUAAACCAAACAGACUUUACCAUAGCUGUCACAUGGAUCCAGCUCAAAAACCUUGCAGCGAUUAUCAAAGUGUGGUUUUAUGUGACCUGGUAUCUUGCUUCAUCUUUCACUGAUUAUUUCAGAAUGAUGAUAGUACAUCUUUGCAUUCCUCUGUGGCAAUAUAUUUUUACUGCAACAGGUCUAAGUCCAGAAACAAAGCAAUGGCUGCGGGAAGCAGGAAACUUUGGUCAUAAAGAGUUUUGGGUCACUUGGCUUGCAAGACUUCUUAGAAUCAUCACUGAACAUUUUGACGGGAGUGUUUUACCACUGGGAAAAAUGGAGCUGAAUCCUGUGACAGGUCUAGUGUUGCUGUCUAAAGCAACAUCUGUUAGUGAUGACAAACCCUCAUUGGCUGAUUUAGAUACUGAUUCAGAUGAAGAAGAUGGCCAAGGUAUUGACCAAACAUGGGGACAGAUCCAGGAAUUUGACAGAGGGAGGGGGAGAGGGGAAGCAUCCUUUGACUUAAAAAAACAAAAACAAAAAAACUACUUUUCUUUAUGUUGGGCCCAAACAUAUAUAAGCAAAGGAAUGAUUCAGGCCAAGUGA